AUGGAGGGGGCCCGGCCAGGCGGCGGCGGCGGGGGACCCCCAGCCAGCCAGCCGGCCACCGACCCACGCGUGACCGCGGCUCACCGCAAGAGCCGGCGCCGGAAUGGGCCGUGCGGGAUUCUCUUGCCCUGCCUCAAGAGCUCCGCCGGCCCGGAAAUCUCGCCCUCUUCCAAGAUGGCCUCUCCGCCUCCCUCUUCCCUCCUGCGCGUGGCGGCUGCAGCACCAGGAUAUUCCCCACAGAGAGGUACCAGGAACCAUGCCUUGCUCGAGGCCGCCGGACCCAGCCACGUGGCUAUCAACGCCAUCUCGGCCAACAUGGAGUCCUGCAGCAGUCGCACGGCAGCCCUUAAGAAGCAGCCCAGCCACAUGGAAGCUGCACAUUUUGGAGACCUGGGCCGCUCCUGCCUGGAUUACCAAGCUCAAGAAAGCAAGUCAAGCCUGUCUAAGACGCUGGCGCAAGUCCUGCGCGACCCCGUGGCCCUCCCGUACUUCGCCCAGUACAUGGAGCUCCACCGCAUGGAACACCUGGUCCGAUUCUGGCUGGAAGCCGAGACUUUCCGCUCCGCCACCUGGUUCCGCAUCCGAGCGCACAGCUUGAACACGGUGAAGCACAGCUCCCUGGCCGAGCCGGUCUCCCCUUGCCUGCAGCAGCAGGACCCUCCCGGCUUUUCCCCCCUCGGCGAGUCGCUUAAUGGAGGACUGGAUGACCGUUACCCCGCCGAGCCCUCUCCGGCAUGUUUGAGCCGGCCAACGUUGACUCUUCGGAACCAUUUGCUGCUUGGCCAAGGCGGGGAGAACCCCCAUUUGGGGUUGACUCCGUCAGAAGACGAGGACUGUCCUGUUCCGGGUGACUCUCACGAUGCUUCCACGGUUUCGGCGUCCAGUAGAAAUAGUCCUUUGUUUGCACUAAGGGACAUGUCAGGAAGACUCAUGAAAAGUAUUGAGCGGGAUGCCGUGACCAUCUUUACCAAAUAUAUAUCUCCCGAUGCUGCUAAGCCGAUACCGGUUACCGAGCUGAUGAGAAACGAUAUUGUGGCCAAGAUCUGCGGGGAAGAUGGACAGGUGGACCCCAACUGCUUCGUCAUGGCACAGUCCGUGGUCUUUAACGCCAUGGAACAAGAGCACUUUAGCGAAUUCCUGCGAAGCCAUCACUUCUGCAAAUACCAGAUUGAGGUGCUGACGAGCGGGACCGUCUACCUGGCCGAUAUCCUCUUCUGCGAAUCGGCCCUUUUUUAUUUUUCCGAGCCCAGCCUCAAAAAGGCCAGCAUAAAAAUCCUGAAAAACUUUGAUGAAGCAAUAAUUGUCGAUGCUGCCAGCCUGGACCCCGAGUCUCUGUAUCAGCGGACCUACGCUGGGUAA